CCCUCAGCCAAACCUCCGAAUGGCAUAACACCCAACUUCGUCGAUCCUCCCAGCAUUGGUCAUCGACAAACAGCUACCAACAUAGUCGUUUUGAUCGUCAUGAUUGUCGUUGUCCUUCUUCGAUUGUACACUCGGAUCUUCAUCGUCAAAUCCGUCGGCUAUGACGACUGGGCGAUGAUCGCCUCACUACUUAUAUGUUUAACGGCCAUAGCUCUCUACCAAGGUCUGGUUCAUCUGGGUAUGGGACGACAUCUAUGGGACGUCCCAGUGGCUCAGUUCUCUCCACACUUCCUCAGGCUGUACCUCAUCGCCUCGGUCUUCUAUAGCUCCUCGAUGCUUUCCAUCAAAGUCGCCAUCAUGUUGUUGUACCGUCGUCUGUUUCCCAUCCAGAACUUCAUGUGGCGUUGGUGGGCUGUCUUCCUCUUUGCCGUCGGAUACUCUGUGGCCGGUAUCCUCACAGAGAUCUUCGACUGUACACCGGUUCACUUCCAAUGGGACAUCUUUGCCAAAGGAAAAUGCAUCAAUCGCCCAGCUUUCUAUAUGGCCAACGCUGUGUUCAAUUCCGUCAGCGAUCUAUUGAUUCUUGCACUUCCGAUCCCAGUCGUUUGGAACCUGGCAUUGACACGUAGAAAGAAGAUCACCUUAUCUUUGGUUUUUGCGAUGGGUUCUGCCGGAUGCAUCGUCAGCAUCAUCCGUCUUAGAAGUAUCAUCGCCUACCUCGAGGCCGGAGACGGCGACCUCACCUAUACGAUCCUGGAUUUCGUUUUGUGGUCGUCGAUCGAGGCCGCUGUCUCAAUGAUGUGUGCUUGUGUGCCAACUUUGAAGCCCUUUUUUGAA